AUGGGAUCGCUCAUCAACGACCCAUCCAUCGACUGUAUAUACAACCCCCUCCCCAACGGCCUCCACUACAAAUGGACGCUCGCGGCCCUCAAAGCAGGAAAACACGUCCUACUAGAAAAACCCUCCGUCUCCAACGCACAAGAAGCACGCUCUCUUUUCCACCACCAAAUCCUCAAUGCUCCGAACGCUCCGAUCCUUGUUGAAGCAAGUCACUAUCGCUUCCACCCCGCCUGGCAUGUCUUCCUGUCGCAAUUCGAUGAGCAAAACAUAGAGAAAGCGAGUGCCCGCGCUGGAGUGCCCAAAGGAGGUAUCCCAGCGACGGACAUCAGAUUCGAGUACGAUCUUGCGGGCGGUGCUGCAAUGGAUCUAGGACAUUACACCCUCUCCGCGCUACGAGGCGUCUUUGGAACUGAGCCCGCAGAAGUUACUUCAGCGAUACCUCGUCUCAUACACGCACCUCACGACCAGCGCUGCGACCAGGCCAUGGAAGCCACCUAUACUUUUCCUAAUGGCGGCACUGGUCACGUUUCAGCGGAUCUGGGUGCUCGGGGUGGUUAUUGGUUUCCAUGGUUGACAUCAAACUGGCCCAGUUUCCGCGAUCUGCUCGCCUGGAUCUCUGUGACUCUGCAUCCUGAGGAUCUUGGUGUGGAAAACGGUCUGCGAAAGUCUAGUCAGAAGAUAAUUGUCUUCUCGGGUUUCAUGAGUCCGCAUGCGUAUCAUCGUAUCGACAUUACCACUACGACCACCCUGCACGAACUUGCAUCUGGCAAAAUUGUCAAAGUUGAAAAGAACACCGAAUACAAAACAGCGUACAAAUGGCCAGAGGGCAUGGGUGGCGAAGAAAGGGGACAGGAUUGGUGGACGUCAUAUCGGUACCAACUCGAGGAGUUUGUGAAUAGGGUUAAGGGUAGAGAGGGGAGUGGUGCUUGGGUGGACGGCGAGGAGAGUGUUAGGCAGAUGGAAGCUACGGAUCGGACGUAUGAGAGAGCGGGUAUGGCGGUUAGGCCUACGAGUGUGGAGUUGGAGUGA